CCCAGGCACUAGGACCCGGCGCAGUGCGGGAGGAGUCUUUGUUCAGUUUCCGAGCGAGCGCAGCUGCAAUUUCGGAGCCGGGGAAAGAUCUCAAUGGGAGCAGGGACCAUGGCGCUGAACCUUAGUAAUAACAGGCUCGCUUUACUCAUCGCCUAUGAGGAUGUCAUCAACGAAAAGACCUCCACCGACUGGGCGCUGUACACUUAUGAAGAUAACACUGACAAUCUGAAAUUAGCCGAUUCAGGAGCGGGUGGUCUGCAGGAAAUCGCCACAAAGUUUGACAAUCAAAGUGUGAUGUAUGGAUUCUGCAGCAUCAAGGACGCUGGUUCUGGCCUGCCCAAAUAUGUCCUGAUAAACUGGGUGGGUGAAGAUGUGGAUGAUCAUCGAAAAUGCGCCUGUGCUAGUCACGUGCCCACAAUUGCAGACUUUUUCCAGGGGGCAAAUGUUAUUGUUAAUGCCAGCAGUCCUGAGGAUGUGGAUUCCACUGCUAUACGGCAGAAGUUGACUAAUGGCACUAUGCACAUUUCAAGCCCAGUGUUACGCCGACUCCACCUUAAAGAGGACGAAGAUUUACUGGGCCCAGUGGGAACAACAUACCAAAAGACCAAUGCUGCAAUUGAAAUGAAACGAAUCAAUCGAGAAUUAUUCUGGGCACAAGCAAAGAGAGAGGAGGAGCUGAGAAAAGAAGAGGAGCGUAAGAAAGUGAUUGAAGAAAGAGAAAAAUUUGAGAAAGAGAGAAUGGAGCAAGAAAAGAAAGAACAAGAAGAUAGAGAGCAAAGAUACAGAGAACGAGAGAAACAGAUAGAAGAAGAAAGGAAAAAAUUGCAAAGCUUGGAAGUCAAUGAAAUCAACGAUGCAUUGGGCCAGAACAUCAACAAGGAAGUGCAGAAGGAGGGAAUGGAAGAGGAUGAAGAGAACAGAGGAUCCAAGAUCAGCGAUUCAGCUGAGAAAGCAGCAGAAGCUGCCGCCCUUAUUGCACUGCGGGAUGGAAAUCCAAGGGAAUUUUUUAAGCAGCGAGAAAGAGCCAUGACAACAAGUUUUGAGACUGCACAAUUUUCAGGCCAAAAACCAGGUCGAGUGAUCAGCCUUUUCCUUAAGAAUCAGAACAAUCUGCCCGAGCGAUCAUGGUCCCCUCCAAGAUCCCUCUGCCCUCGAAUUGCUGCUAACCAUAGCCCCUUCCAGUUUUCCCCCUCAUCCCACCAGACACAAUUUGAGCCAACCAGAUUGGAAGACAUAACAUCCUUCAGUGCUCAUGAUCCAAGCUUUGUUGCAGCACCAAUAUAUGAGGAGAAUGAAGAAGCUGUAGUGGAAGAGCUUCCAAUUUUAAUUCUGGAUGCAGACAAAACUGCACCUACCUUUCCAGAAAAACCACUGAUUCGGUGUGAAGAGCCACUACCAGAACAGAAUGUGCCAAGUUAUACUGAGGAACCUGGCCUGAUAGAUAUUGACACCCCAAUCCCUAUAUGGCCUGAGGUACCCAGCUUCGUACACACUGAAGAGUCAGUGCACAUUGACCAGCGAGGUUUCACAAGUACUGAGGGACAAAGCCUGGUAGACAUUGGGAAGCCACAAACGAAUGACAAUUUUCCACAAGUGAAUGAGAACUUACUGGACCUUUUGGAGACCAAUGGAAUAGACCAGCUGCCAUCUGAAUCACACAGUGCUGUCGCAGAGAAGCCAUUGAUCUACACCAACAAUGACAACAUGGAACUGAUUUUAAAUAUGAAAAGGCCACCGCUGGACGAGACACAUGCAGACAUCGAUGCAAAUAGCCAACUGCUUGUAAACCUCCAGGAAUCAGCAGGGCAAUAUGCAGGGUUAGAGCCAACUGCAGUAGGGCAACAACAACAGCAGCCACAGAACAGUGAAGGAAAUGAGGAAGACAACUUGCUGUGUUUUGAUAAUAAUGAAGGAUUGCCGGCACCACCUCCAGACUGCCUUGAUUCACAGCAGUGGGAGAAUAUUCCAAGCCUGAUAGAGCUUGAAAGCUCACAACAGAUGAGUGAAGACUUUUGCUUUGGAAUGCAGGAAUUGCCCAAGCCCCAGGAUGUAGAGGCUGUUGAAGAUUUUUUUAGUCCACCGCAAGAUGAAUAUAUUAAAUUCCAAUCACACGUAGAGGAAACUGGCAGUAAAAUACCAGAAAUUGAUAUUACUUAUUGCGACAAUGAUACUGACACAGACCCGGAUCAUUCCCCUGCAGACUGAGUUGGUUGUGUGAUGCUCUCCGGUAUGACAAAUAUGCUUCAAGUAAAUGAAAAUGACAAAAACUGCUAAGUUUUAAUUUGAGUAUGUGUUUACUAUUUUUAAUUGUAAUAAUUUGAAUGUAUUAUUUUCUAAAUUAACCUUAUUGUAUAUUAAUUCCACUCACAGCUGCUAGGUAUAGUCUGCUGAAGCUGAUAUUAUGUGACUAGCAGUGUUAACUAUCACCAAUUGCUUUUCAAGUACCAUUUUCAAAAGCACAAAUUUUGUGAAAUGCUAAUUGCUGUUGUAUGAAAAUAAACAGUUUCUGAAAAUCCA